CUUGCAUGCUUGCCGCGACAUCGCGCGUCUCCUUCUUUAGUCUAGAGCAAAGGCUGCUCUGUAUUCAUUCAUCACGCGUGCUCGCGACUCCCUUUGCCCCCUCGCCCCCCUCAAGCCCUUCGCCCAAGUCGUCCCGCACCCUCACCACCACUCCGCCUACAAUGGCCAAUUCACAGUACGAAUACGUCAAAAGCUAUGAGCUUCCCGACCCACUCAUGCCGAACACCUUUGCUGUAAUUCGCGUCGAUGGUCACGCGUUCACCAAGUUCUGUCACGCACACGAGUUCGAGAAACCGAACGACAUCCGCGCGCUGGAUCUCAUGAACCGCGCAGCCAAGGCGGUGAUGCAGGAGUUCCCGGAUAUUGUGCUCGCGUUCGGCGAGAGUGACGAGUACAGCUUCCUUAUGCGACGCGACGCGAGCGUGUACGGACGACGAAGAAGUAAGAUCAACUCGACCGUCGCGUCCGUCUUCACGUCGAACUAUGUCUUCUACUGGAGCGAGUUCUUCCCCAAUACACCUCUGAAGUACCCACCAACCUUCGACUCUCGCGUUGUCCUCUACCCUUCAGCGAAGGAGGUGCGGGACUACUUCUCGUGGCGGCAAGUGGACACCCACAUAAACAACCUUCACAACACGUGCUACUGGGCGCUGCGGCACGACGGUGUGUCGGGCACCGAGGCCACUAAGCUCCUAGAGGGCACAUUCUCCGAUAACAAGAAUGAGCUGCUCUUCUCCCGCUUCAAGGUCAACUACAACAAUUUGCCCGAAUACUUCAAGAAGGGCUCAGUGCUCGUACGGACCGACCCCAGAUUGACGAAGGGCCCAUCGAAGCGUGAUGAGCCGGGACCGAGCUUGGAAGAUACAGAAGCUUCUGACGCCGCGACGCCGGAAGUUUCGGGGUCUCUCACUCCAGAGAUCUCACAAGGCGAGCAGACAGCUGCGGCAUCCUCACCAGUGCCGUCCAACCCGCCUGCAGGGACGCCGAAGAAGAAAGAGAAGAAGAAGAAGGCACCGAAGCCCUUCGACGGGCGGUCGGGCCCAAUAGUCAUCCUCCACACCGACAUCAUCAAGGAGAAGCCAUUCUGGGCAGAGCGCCCAUGGCUCCUCGAGUGAGGCGCGCCCACCCCGGCCGGAGCUUGUGCCUUCGCUUCAGUCACCUACCACCUCCUACUCCGUCCUCUCUGCCUGCACGCACCAUGCAUCUAGCAGCUCCCAGCCCAUAGACAGAUACAUACAAACUGCAUGCAUAGUCGCCGACAUCGGGACAAGAAUAGCA